AUGGUACUAUUGGCGGGUAUUCCACUAUUUUAUAUGGAACUCUCGCUAGGUCAAUACUAUCGAAAAGGAGCCAUCACAACGUGGGGACGCAUAUGUCCACUAUUUAAAGGUAUCGGCUACUGUGUGAUCAUGAUCGCCUUCUACACCGACUUCUUCUACAAUGUCAUCAUCGCCUGGGGUUUUUACUACUUAUACGCGUCAUUCACGUUAAACUUACCGUGGGCCAGUUGCAACAACUCUUAUAAUAGCAUUGCUUGCUAUGAACCACAUUGGAGCGAUGGGUCAUCCACGUGCCGAGAACCGGUCACAGACGAGUCGUCGAGAAUCUCAGCAGCUGAGGAGUACUUCUAG